AUGGUGGUGGCACAGGCACCACUGCUUAGGAAGGUUGGGGACCUCCACCUGGAUGUGGAUGGCUGUUCCAUCACUCCAUCCCCUGAAGUCUGCAAUCUGGGCAUCAUUCUGGAUCCUACUCUAUCAUUUCAGUCCCACGUCAAAAGAAUUACCAAAUCUGCCUUCUAUCACCUAAGGAAUAUCUCCAGACUCAGGCCCUCACUCUCUGUUUCAGUAAAAGAGACCCUCAUCCACUCUUUCAUCUCCUCCCGUCUGGACUAUUGCAAUGCCAUCUUGUCAGGUCUGCCAAACAAAGCCCUGGAUAGACUGCAAUACAUCCAGAAUGCUGCUGCAAGGGUUCUAACAGGCACUAGGCCCUGGCACCACAUCACUCCCAUUCUCAAACAGCUUCACUGGCUUCCCAUCAAAUCCCGCAUUAGUUACAAAGUCCUCCUCCUCACCUACAAAUCUCUCCAUGGACUGGCUCCCCACUACCUUACUGACUUCCUCCACCCCUACACCCCUCUGAGGUCCCUGUGGUCCUCUUCCAAGGGCCAGCUGAUCGUCCCCCGCAGCAGACUCAAGACCUUUGGCGACAGAGCCUUUCAUGUGUUUAAUGACCCGAUCCACGGUCACAUUGAGCUGCACCCCCUGCUGGUGAAGAUCAUCGACACUCCUCAGUUCCAGAGACUGCGGAACAUUAAACAGCUGGGAGGAGCGUACUUUGUGUUUCCUGGAGCUUCACACAACCGCUUUGAACACUCUUUAGGUGUGGCGUAUUUAGCAGGCCGUCUCGUUCAAACUCUAAAGAAAAGACAGCCCGAGCUCAACAUUACAGAGCAAGAUGUCCUGUGUGUUCAGAUCGCUGGCUUGUGCCAUGACUUAGGUCAUGGACCAUUUUCUCAUCUGUUCGAUGGCAUGUUUAUCCCAAAGGUUCGUCCUAAAUUAACCUGGAAGCAUGAGACCGCAUCUGUGAAAAUGUUUGAUCACCUGGUGAAGGAAAAUAAUCUGAAGCCUGUGAUGGAGAAGUAUGGUCUUUCUCUACCUGCAGACCUUAUAUUUAUCAAAGAACAAAUCAACCCACAGGGCGAUGACACCAACGAAGAUGGGUUUAAAGGCAGAACUGAGGAAAAGAGGUUCCUUUAUGAGAUUGUCGCAAAUAAAAGAACUGGUAUUGAUGUGGACAAGUGGGAUUAUUUUGCCAGAGACUCGUAUCACCUGGGCAUCCCAAGCAGCACAGAUCACCGCCGGUUCCUCAAAUUUGUCCGAGUGUGUGAAGUUGAGGGAAAGAACAUUAUCUGCGCCAGAGACAAGGAAGUCUAUGAUUUAUAUGAAAUCUUUCAAACAAGACAAUCCCUACAUCGCAGAGCCUAUCAGCACAGAGUGACCAAGAUUAUUGAGGAAAUGAUAACAGAAGCCUUGGUGGAGGCUGAUCCUUAUCCUCUGAUUGAGGGUUCUGAUGGAAAAAAGAAGCGCAUGUCAGAAGCCAUAGAUGACAUGGAGGCCUACACCAAACUCACAGAUCACAUUUUUGAGCAGAUCCUGUACUCUUCUUAUGAUGGCCUGAAACCGUCUCGGUCCAUCCUGAGGAACAUUCUGUGCAGACGCCUGUAUGUGUUUGUGGGACAGGCAAAACCAAAGAUACCCACCAUGGAGUCAAAGGAAUGGCCAAAGGAGUUGGCUGAGUCCAAACCUGCCAGCAUCCAGGUGGAAAUGAAGCCUGAAGACUUUGUAGUGAGAGUAUUUAGUAUAGACUAUGGCAAGAAGGACAAAACCCCCAUAGACAAGGCCUAUUUCUACAGAAAGAACAACCCCACCAAAGCCAUUCCCAUUCCCAAGGAUAUGGUGUCCAACAUGCUGCCUGACAAAUUUUCUGAUAUGUACAUCAGUGUUUACUACAAAGAUGCAAAGAAACUGGAUGCUGCAAAGAAAUGUUUUAAGGAGUGGUGUAGGAAUAAGGACUUUACAUGUCAGGAUGCUGAUGACACGGCAGUGGAGGGAGAGAUACUGUAGGUGGCUAUGCUGUGAUGUAAGUGUAGAAGUGGUCCCUGAACAUUCUAACCC